GCUCCGCUUGCUCCUUCCUCGUCUUCCGCUUCAGCAGCUGCUCAGAAGUUUCCCUUCCGCCACUCUGUCGUCCAUUUGGAUGUCACCCAUCUAAUCCGCCCCAUCUUCUCUUCCGCUUCUUCAUCAUGUUGCGCACAACGUUGCGACAAUGCUCCCGGCAGCUGCAGAGCUGUUCGGCAAAAGCAAGGCUCUCGACGGUCGCCGCCUCGCCAGCCAGGACGAAUGUCAUCACGACCUGCCGUCGCCCGUUGGCGAAAGCUCAGCGUCGCCACUAUGCCCUCGCCGCAGAGGAGACUGACAAGGGCGUUGACCCCAACGACAGCUUCUUGAGCGGCAACACUGCCAACUAUGUUGACGAAAUGUACAUGCAAUGGAGGCGCGACCCGUCGAGUGUUCACAUCUCGUGGCAGGUCUACUUCCGCAACAUGGAGUCCGGCGACAUGCCCACUUCGCAAGCCUUCCAGCCGCCACCCACAAUCGUUCCCUCGACCAGCUCCGGAAUCUCUGAUAUCAGGCCUGGUCUUGGUAUGGGUCCUGGCGAGGGCUCAGAUGUCAUGAACCACUUGAAGGUACAAUUGCUGGUGCGCGCGUACCAGUCUCGUGGUCACCACAAGGCGAAGAUUGACCCCCUCGGCAUCCGUACAGAAGCCGAGCAAUUCGGCUACAGCAAGCCCCGUGAGCUGGAGCUGUCCCAUUACAAUUUUUCCGAGAAGGAUUUGGACCAGGAGAUCGAGCUCGGCCCCGGUAUCCUGCCUCGCUUCAAGAGCGAGAGCCGCAGCAGGAUGACCCUGCGCGACAUUAUCGACGCUUGUGAGCGCCUCUACUGCGGAUCCUAUGGCAUUGAGUACAUCCACAUCCCCGACAGGGAGCAGUGCGACUGGCUGCGUGAGCGCAUCGAGGUUCCUCAGCCCUUCAAGUACUCCGUUGACGAGAAGCGUCGCAUCCUGGACCGUCUGAUCUGGGGUACCAACUUCGAGGCUUUCUUGGCGACAAAGUACCCCAACGACAAGCGUUUCGGUCUCGAGGGUGGUGAGAGCUUGAUUCCCGGUAUGAAGGCGCUCAUCGACCGCAGUGUCGACUACGGUGUCAAGGAUAUUGUAAUCGGUAUGCCCCAUCGUGGACGUCUUAAUGUCCUGUCCAACGUUGUCAGGAAGCCCAACGAGUCCAUCUUCAGCGAGUUCGCCGGUAGCGCGGAGCCCUCUGAUGAAGGUUCUGGUGAUGUGAAGUACCACUUGGGAAUGAACUUUGAGCGUCCUACACCCUCUGGCAAGCGCGUUCAGCUGUCCCUGGUCGCCAACCCAUCUCACUUGGAAGCCGAGGACCCUGUCGUGCUCGGCAAGACUCGCGCCAUUCUGCACUACAAUAACGACGAGAAGGAGGCCCGUACCGCCAUGGGUGUCCUGCUCCACGGAGAUGCUGCCUUUGCCGGUCAGGGUAUCGUUUACGAGACCAUGGGUUUCCAUGCUCUUCCCAGCUACCACACCGGAGGUACCAUUCAUAUUGUCGUCAACAACCAGAUUGGUUUCACCACCGACCCUCGAUUCUCUCGUUCCACUCCUUAUUGCUCUGACAUCGCCAAGGCUAUUGAUGCGCCCGUCUUCCACGUCAACGGUGACGAUGUCGAGGCCAUGAACUUCGUCUGUCAGCUUGCUGCUGACUUCCGUGCUGAGUUCAAGAAGGAUGUCGUCAUUGACAUGGUCUGCUACCGUAAGCAGGGUCACAACGAGACUGACCAGCCUUUCUUCACUCAGCCUCUAAUGUACAAGAAGAUCUCAGAGCAGAAGCCCACCCUUGACCUCUAUAUCAACCAGCUCUUGGAGGAGAAGACUUUCACCAAGGAGGACAUUGAGGAGCACAAGGCUUGGGUCUGGGGUAUGCUUGAUGAGAGCUUUAACCGCAGUAAGGACUACCAGCCUACUGCUAAGGAGUGGCUGACUUCCGCCUGGAACGGCUUCAAGUCGCCUAAGGAGCUCGCUACUGAGGUCCUGCCGCAUCUGCCUACUGCCGUUGAGGAGUCCACUUUAAAGCACAUCGCUCAGAAGAUCGGAAAUCCACCUGCGAGCUUCAACGUCCACAAGAACCUUAAGCGUAUUUUGGCUGGCCGCACCAAGACCGUCGAGGAUGGCAAGAACAUCGACAUGGCCACCGCCGAAGCCUUGGCCUUCGGAUCUCUGUGUAUGGAAGGGCACCACGUCCGUGUAUCUGGUCAGGAUGUAGAGCGUGGUACCUUUUCACAGCGCCACGCUGUCCUCCACGACCAGGAGAACGAGAAGACAUACACGCCUCUCCAGGACCUCAGCGAUGACCAGGAGACCUUCACUGUCUGCAACUCCUCGCUCAGCGAGUAUGGAGUUCUCGGAUUUGAGUACGGUUACUCUCUGUCCUCUCCCAAUGCUCUCGUCAUGUGGGAGGCCCAAUUCGGUGAUUUCGCCAACACCGCUCAGGUCAUUAUUGACCAGUUCGUUGCCUCUGCCGAAGUCAAGUGGCUCCAGCGAUCCGGUCUCGUCAUGAGCUUACCGCACGGUUAUGACGGUCAGGGUCCCGAGCACUCUUCUGGUCGUAUGGAGCGUUACCUCCAGCUUGUCAACGAGGACCCCCGUAUCUUCCCUGCCCCGGAGAAGCUCGAGCGUCAGCACCAAGACUGCAACAUCCAGAUCGCUUACUGCACAAAGCCCUCCAACUACUUCCACUUACUCCGUCGCCAGAUGAAUCGCCAGUUCCGCAAGCCUCUCAUCCUUUUCUUCUCGAAGUCGCUGCUCCGUCACCCCAUGGCUCGUUCGAACAUUGAGGAGUUCACCGGCGAGUCACACUUUGAGUGGAUCAUCAAGGACCCUGCGCAUGAGUCUGGUGAGAUUGGCACGAACGAGGAGAUCAAGCGUGUCGUUCUUUGCACAGGUCAGGUCUACACUGCUCUAGUCAACGAGCGCAAGGCUCGUGACUUGAAGGAUGUCGCCAUCACCCGCAUUGAACAGCUGAACCCCUUCCCAUGGGAGCAAUUGAAGGAGAACCUCGACUCUUAUCCCAACGCUGAAAACAUCAUCUGGGCUCAGGAGGAGCCUCUCAACGCUGGUGCUUGGAGCUUCACACAGCCCAGGAUUGAGACAUUGUUGAACCAGACAGAGCAUCACAACAGGCGUCACGUCAUGUACGCUGGACGCAACCCCAGUGCUUCCGUCGCUACUGGUCUGAAGGCUUCCCACAAGAAGGAGGAGAAGGACCUGUUGGAGAUGGCAUUUACUGUCAAGCAGGAUAAGCUCAAGGGCGAGUAGAGGAAGACGUGCUAAGAUUUCCCAUGUUUCCAGUAGUCUGUCCGAAUUUGCUUGCAUUGUUUUAUCCCCCAUUUCUGCGUCGCUCGCCUUUCAGAGCGUCAUGAAGCUUGUUAAAGGGUUGGAUAGGGAGUCUUUCUGUACAUUUGCAUGGUUAUCAGUGUAUGUGUAGGAAUGUAGAAAACCCGGAUUUUAAUGUUCAACAACGCGUACUGCUGCAUU